AUGAUCAGCACCGUGGAUUCUAAAUAUUCGAAAGAUUUAGUAUGCAAAAAAGCUCUUGAUGCAUGGAAUAAAAUUAAGGGAAAACCAAAACAUGAAAUUGAGAAUACUAUAGAAUACCUCAUUGCAAAUGCUGCCUCUACUACCAAAUAUUUAAACCUUGUCAAAUAUUUUAAUACUGAAACUUCAAACCAAAAUAGGAUAAUUGAGAAAGUUAUUGUUCCUGGUACACCACCACCAAAUACUGUAGCACAGAAGAAAGCAAAAAAAAUAAUCAUUAAAAUAAAUGAUGAAAUCACAAAAUAUCAAGAGGACUAUAAUUCAACCAUCUAUCUGGAGGCCAAAUAUGAGCUAAUGGAUUGUAUACAAGACCUUAAGAAUAGAAAAAAAAGACCAAAAUUUAAAGAAGCAUUAGCAAGUCAUAAAGUCACAACUGUUUUAAGAAAUGAAAAAGCAGAGCAUCAAAAUAACCAUUAUUGUCUUGCCUCUGUAAAGGUGGUAAGACAGUUUGCAUCCCUAUUUCUGAUCUUUUCAGUAAUUAUGUCACAAGAUGAUAAAGCCAAAGUUCCUCUUGGCAUUUCUGCAGUUAGCAGAACUUUCCAAGCCAUACAAAGCAUCAAUGAGCCAGUUAUCGUUCCAGACCAUGACUUUCCUGUUGUUUUACAACAGAAACUUGUUCCAUCUGUUUAUUUAAUCAUCGACUCAAGUGACACAAACAAUAUGCUUCGUAGUGGCCAAUUGUCAAUAUACAUCCGUCCACAAUAUGAAAUAGAAACAAGCUCAAUAACCCAUAUGAAUGAUUUAUAUUCAUUAAUGAACAAUGGCCAUUUCGACAAUAUGUUAAAGGUUGAUAAUAAAAUUAGACCCAUCUGGGUCCUCCUUGUAGAUGGAGGUCUAGAUAAAAAUCUCUGA